AAAUAAUCCAUGCAUUCACAUGUCCAUGACUGAGGAAAGCUUAACAAGGACAAUGGAGAAGACACAAUCUCAAGGUUGCGAUUCUGAUGGAUUUAACAGGCUGAUUUGUGAAGAGGAAUUCCAUGUUGAAGAUCAUAAUUCCUUCCACAUGUCUAACCCAAGCAGGCAACCAGUGACUUUGUUCACUCCUGGGAGACGUAGUAGACUGGCUGCAGUAAUCUUGGUGCUUCUUGCUGGUGUUCUACUUAUACUUGAUAUUGCCCUGGGGGUGCAUUACAGUAGAUUGCAAGAAACUCACCUCACACUCAAAGACACCGAAAGCCUUGGAAAAGACCUCGUCGAACUUCAUAAGCAAUAUAAGACAGCAGUUGAGAACAUAUAUGCUGCUCAGAAGCAGCUGGACGAUGAAAUGAAGAGUCAGAAAGAAACCAAGUGGGAGCUUGAACAUCAGACGAAAAGGACUGAAGACUACAAAGUGCUCAUUGAGAAAGUUACACAGGACCUUGGAAAAUUGAGAUCACAAGUACCAAAAAUCUUUGAUGGCUGCACUCACUGUCCUCCUGGAUGGCUCUUCAUAAACUUGGUGUGUUAUUACUUCUCUUCUAACAAUGCUGGGCUGAAAUCAUGGCAAAAAGCCAGAGAGUUCUGCCAGAUUUAUGGAGCAGAUCUUCCAGUCAUUGACACCAAAGACAAAGAGAAGAAAAUCGUAACUUACUUGUUAAAUCAUGGUCAGGAUCCUUCAGAAACCAAAAGUGCUUUCUGGUUUGGACUGAGAGAUUCUAACGAGGAAGGCACCUGGCAAUGGUUGGAUGGAACGUCCCUAGUUGAAGGAUACUGGAAUGUCGGGCAGCCAGAUGAUUAUCACACCGAGGACUGUGCAGCAGUGUACCCUAAUGAAAACUUCUUCAGGGCCUGGAAUGAUUUAGAAUGUGGAUCCAGACAAAACUGGAUUUGUGAGAAAGCACCAACUUAUGAGUUCCUAAACAGGACGAAUAAUCAAUAGUCUAAAUAUAGUGCACACAUAUACCUCCAUAAUAAAAGAAAAAAAAAAUCCAGUAAUGCCACAGCCUGUUGAGGUGGAAGUGUCUCAACAAAAGCUGUAAUUGUAUAUCAUUAGACAAGCUUCCCGAUACAUGCAGCAUUUCAUAGCAAGUUGUCUACUAAUCUGCAUAUCUAUGUAUGUGUGAAGAUUGUAAGUUUGACUGACUAAAAGAGUCUAAAUAAAAUGUGCUUCUAAUAGUCA